ACCUGGCCGGAGAGGUUGCGGCGGCGGCGGGGGCGGGAACAUGGUCCAGGCCCGGCCGAGCAGGGGGACCCGGCGGGUACGCCCCGCCGCCUUAGUAAGCGCCCGGGCGGCGCGGCCCGGGGCCGAGCCUGCACGCCAAGGCCGAGAAGGACGGGGACAAGGUGCCAUGGAAAUCCUCAGGAGGACAGUCCAGUUCCAGAAUCCAACCUCUGCCUUCACAAAGAGGGUGACAUAAGGCCCAGAGACGGUGUCUGAGAUGCCGCUGCCACAGAAGAAGCGCUGGGAGUCCAUGGCCAAGGGGCUGGUGCUGGGAGCACUCUUCACCAGCUUCCUGCUACUGCUGUACUCCUACGCCGUCCCCCCGCUGCACACUGGCCUGGCCUCCACGACCCCCGAGGGCGCAGCACCCUGCUCCCCGGCCCUGAGUGAGCCAGAGGCACUGACCCCGGCCAACGGCUCGGUGGGAGGCUGCCAGCCGAGGCGCGACAUCGUGUUCAUGAAGACGCACAAGACGGCCAGCAGCACGCUGCUCAACAUCCUGUUCCGCUUCGGCCAGAAGCACGGGCUCAAGUUCGCCUUCCCCAACGGCCGGAACGACUUCGACUACCCGGCCUUUUUCGCACGCAGCCUGGUGCAGGACUACCGGCCCGGGGCCUGCUUCAACAUCAUCUGCAACCACAUGCGCUUCCACUACGACGAGGUCCGGGGCCUGGUGCCGCCCAACGCCACCUUCAUCACUGUGCUCCGUGACCCCGCCCGCCUCUUCGAGUCCUCCUUCCACUACUUUGGCUCCGUGGUGCCCUUCACGUGGAAACUCUCGGGCCGCGACAAGCUGGCCAAGUUCCUGCAGGACCCAGACCGCUACUACGACCCCCACGGCUACAACGCCCACUACCUCCACAACCUGCUCUUCUUCGACCUGGGCUACGACAGCGACCUGGACCCCGGCAGCCCGCAGGUGCAGGAGCACAUCCUGGAGGUGGAGCGCCGCUUCCACCUCGUGCUCCUGCAGGAGUAUUUCGACGAGUCGCUAGUGCUGCUCAAGGACCUGCUGUGCUGGGAGCUGGAGGACGUGCUCUACUUCAAGCUCAAUGCCCGCCGCGCCUCGGCAGUGCCGCGCCUCUCCGGCGAGCUGUACCGGCGCGCCACAGCCUGGAACGUGCUGGACGCCCGCCUCUACCGCCACUUCAACGCCAGCUUCUGGCGCAAGGUGGAGGCCUUUGGGCGCGAGCGCAUGGCCCGCGAGGUGGCCGCCCUGAGGCGUGCCAACGAGCGCAUGCGCCGCAUCUGCAUAGACGGCGGCCACGCGGUGGACGCAACCGCCAUCCAGGACUCGGCCAUGCAGCCCUGGCAGCCGCUGGGCACCAAAUCCAUCCUGGGCUACAACCUCAAGAAGAGCAUUGGGCAGCGGCACGCGCAGCUCUGUCGGCGCAUGCUCACACCCGAGAUCCAGUACCUGAUGGACCUGGGCGUCAACCUGUGGGUCACCAAGCUCUGGAAGCUCAUCCGGGACUUCCUGCAGUGGUGACGCCCGCCCGUGGAGGAGGGCUGAGCAGGGGCCCGCUGGCCUCCCCCCACGGCCCUCCUGGUGCCACCCCAGCCCCUGGGGUGAGGCGGGGCUACUGCAGGGGUGCGACCAGCCAAGGACUGGGCCCACUGCACACAGGGCCUGAGAUCAGUAUUUGACUAAUUAUAGUUUUUGGUUUUUGGUUUUUCGUUUUUUAAAUUAAAUCCCCUUCCCUCCAAAAAAGAAUGUUCUAUUUUCUGGCUCCCCUUAAAGGGGAGACUUCAGAAGUAAAAGAAUUUGAUGUGUUUUUGUUAAUCAGCCUCAGUGGUGCUGACUGGCGGGGCCCUGGUGUGUGUGGGAUGACUGGUCGGGAUUGGGGGAACCCAAGGGAGCAUGAUGGGCACCUGAGCGUGUCUGUGGGGCAGAGCCCAGUGGUAUGGCAGGGUUUGGUGUGUAUCUGUCACAUGCUGAAGCCCUGUGUGGUUGAAGGGGUCCCAUGAGCUACCAAGACCUGGAAGAUUGUGUGUGUGUGUGUGUGUGUGUGUGUGUAACAGGGAGGUGGGGAGAACUUGGUGGAGCCGUGAACAGCAGGCCCAGGGCCCAGGCUAACGGUUCCUCGUGCAAUCUCAUUAGUCCUCACAAUAAUCCUUUGAGGUAGGCACAAUUACCAUCCCAUAUUACACAUGUGGGAUUUGACAUUCUGAGAGCAGGAAGGAAAUGCUUGAGGUCAUGUUGCAAGAUGUACCAGACCCAGUACUAAGCCAUCUCUCUGGGAACCCAAACCCUUUCCAUAGCCAAUGUCUGUUCACCCAUCCCUGCCUGCCCCCUUUCCCCUACUGACCACUCCAGGCUGCCUCACCAUCUGCUUGUGCUCUAACCCUACCUAAGUCCUGGGUUUUCCCCUUCCACCCUGGAGUUCAGUUUAAUUAAUCCAAAAAACAUUUUAUAUUCAUUAGAUGUCUGUAGUGCGCCCCAGCCUUGAGCUGGCCCUGAGCAGACAGCAGUCAGCAAGUUGGCUUAGACCCUCCUGGAGCUCAUGUCCAGAGAGCAACCAAGGCAUGUCGGGUAUGAUCAACCAUGGCAGGGGUGUGUCAGCUCUAACCAUCUGCUUCCGUCAGCCUCCCCGGGGAACAGAGGCCCUUCCUCAAGUCUCUAACCAGUAGCCAGCAGCCAGAUAUGAAAGGCAGAAACCACAGCCAGGAGAUUCUUUACUGGAGACCUGUUUGUGCCAGGUUCCAAGCCAAGUGCUUACAUAACUUAUCUGAAUACCUACAACAUCCUAGCUUAUAGAUCAAAGCUCAGAGAGGUUGAGUGACCUACCCAAGGUCACACAGCUAAUUAGGGCCAGGGUCAGAAUUCAAAGUCAGAUCAGUCAGCCAGAUCACUCAACCUCCCUGGGCUUGAGUCAAUCUUCCUCCUGGGAGGAAGCUUCUGGUCCAAGGAGGGUAGGAAGGAGUUAGGGUGACCAACUGUUUCACUUUUCUAGAACUGUCCCGGUUUUAGCACUGAAAGUUCCCACAUUGAAGGAAGUGCCUCAGUCCUGGGCAACUAAGACAGUUGGUCAGUAUGGGACAGGUUUGACCCCACCAACCCUCUGGGACCACUGCCUACACCCUCAUAAUAUUCCUUGUGGCAAGAAAUUAGCACAGCCUUGGAGUCUUUAUUUAAUUCAUAGGGAGAAAAAUAAGCAAAAAUAAAACUGACAACAUCUAAGACUAUUUGCAGGAAAAGAUGUAACUGACCCCACAUUUAUUAGAGAAUUCUCCCUCCUUUUAUUAAUCAAAGAGAGACGUGACUCAGUGCAAUAUGAUAGCUUCCUGGGUUUGUGGAACCCCAUAAUUCUAUUUCCUUGGACCCCUAAGGGCCUAGAAAUGCCCAUAAUAAUAUUAUAUAUAAUUACAUUAUUUAUUAUUAUUAAUACUGGCCCUUUUAGGUCCUUUCAAGAUCCAAGGAGAACAGUUCUGGCAGUUAGUAGAUGCUAAGAACAUAAAUUACUUCAUCAGCAUUUACUAUCUGCCUGGUUUGUUUUAAAAGCAUUAUAGUUAUUAACUCCUUUAUUAAUGUAAUUAAUACUUUGAUAAUGAGUAGUUGCCAGGUACUGAGCAACCACUCUGUGCUCAGCCCUGUGCCAUGUGGGAACAUGCACAAUUCCCUUUGCUCCCCCAAGGAGGUGACUGACAUGCAGAGAGGCAGAGCAACCAGCCCAGGGUCACCCAGCCAUCAGCCAUAGAGGCAGGAUGCAAACCUAGGUCAGUCAGAUGCCGAGGCUGGUGCUUGCGGCCUCCAGACCUUCAGCGCCAUUCCAGUUGGCCACCUCAGCCUCAGGACUGAGGGCUGUCCCAUGGCUGAAGAAGUAUGAGGUCUCCAAGGGGCUCUGCAGGGGUAGCCUUCAGGAACCAGACUGCUCUUGCUACACCUGAGCAGCAGAAGGCGCCAUGGUACCAAGUUCGGUCUUGCCUAGUUCUGACCUUCCUGGCCAGUGGGAGCUGGGGGCGCCCAUGGUGACCAGGCAUCUGUAGACCGGACACAUGAGAGCCAGGGCAGGGAUCAAGGCUGCCCCCUGGGAGAAAUUAAGUGAAACCACAUGUUCCUCUCCGUUAUGGGUUGAACUGUAUCCCUUAAAAAGAUGCAUUGACGUCCUAACCCUCAGUCCCCUAUGACUGACAUUAUCUGGAUAUAGGGUCUUUGUACAUAUAAUCAAGUGAAGACAAGGUCAUUGGAGUGGGCCCUAAUCCAAUAUGGCUGGUGUCCUGAUAAGAGAUGGAAAUGCCAUGUGAAGGCACAGACACACAGGGACAAAACCAUGUGAAGACAGGCAGAGGUUGGCAUGAUAUAGCAACAAGCCAAGGAACGCCAAGGGUGAUGGCCACCUCCGGAAGCUAAGAGGCAAUGAAGGAGUCUAUCCAGAGCUUGAGGGAACGUGACACUGUCAACACCUUGAUUUCAGACUUCUAGCCUCCAGAUCUGUGAAAGAAUAAACUGUUGU